AUCAGUCGUGGCUUGUGGACACUGUGGGGUCUUCUAGGGCUUCUCUCUCCCAGUUUCACUUAUAACAGUAACCACCCUGCUGGCUUUUUCCCGUUUGCCCGAGUGUGAUCCAUAGAGAACUCCUUCCAAACAAAUCAGUAGCAUUCUCGCAAAAAUGGUAGGGUUCUCAAUGCAACCGUAUGGGAUACAGACAAUGCUGAAAGAGGGCCAUCGCCAUCUGUCGGGGUUGGAUGAGGCGGUGCUGAAAAACAUCGACGCCUGCAAGCAGCUCUCGACCAUUACUCGCACCUCUCUCGGCCCCAAUGGCAUGAAUAAGAUGGUUAUCAAUCAUUUGGAUAAGCUCUUUGUCACAAAUGAUGCUGGAACAAUUGUAAAUGAGCUGGAGGUUCAGCAUCCCGCGGCUAAAAUUUUAGUCUUGGCUGGGAAAGCACAGCAAGAGGAGAUUGGGGAUGGAGCUAAUUUGACUAUUUCAUUUGCUGGGGAGCUUCUUCAAAAUGCCGAGGAACUUAUUAGGAUGGGCCUGCACCCUAGUGAGAUUAUCAUUGGAUACACAAAGGCCAUUAAUAAGACAGUUGUGAUAUUGGAGGAAUUGGUUGAAGAAGGUUCUGAAAGUAUGAAUGUUAGAGAUAAAGAUGAUGUCAUUUCACGAAUGAGAUCUGCAGUAGCCAGCAAACAAUUUGGCCAAGAGGAUGUAUUAUGUCCUCUCAUUGCUGAGGCUUGUAUGCAAGUUUGUCCCAAGAAUCCUGUUAACUUCAACGUGGAUAAUGUCAGAGUUGCAAAGCUCUUGGGUGGAGGUUUGCACGAUUCUGUUGUAGUUCGGGGCAUGGUAUUGAAGAGUGAUGCUGUUGGGACUAUCAAGAGAGUGGAAAAGGCUAAGGUUGCUGUUUUUGUUGGGGGUGUUGAUACGACUGCAACAGAAACCAAAGGAACUGUUCUUAUUCAUAAUGCUGAGCAGCUUGAGAAUUAUGCAAAAACUGAAGAAGCUAAGGUUCAGGAGAUAAUUAAAGCAGUUGCUGAUUCAGGUGCAAAGGUCAUUGUUAGUGGAGCAGCGGUUGGGGAAAUGGCAUUGCACUUUUGUGAACGCUACAAGCUCAUGGUGUUAAAAAUCAGCUCCAAAUUUGAACUAAGACGAUUUUGCCGCACUACUGGUGCUGUCGCUCUUUUAAAGCUCAGUCAGCCAAAUCCAGAUGACCUUGGAUAUGUUGAUUCUGUUUUAGUGGAAGAAAUAGGCGGGGCUAGGGUUACAAUUGUUAAAAAUGAACAAGGUGGAAAUUCUGUGUCUACUGUUGUGCUGCGAGGAAGCACUGAUAGCAUUCUGGAUGACCUUGAAAGAGCAGUUGAUGAUGGUGUGAAUACAUACAGGGCAAUGUGCAGAGAUAGUCGGACAGUACCUGGAGCUGCAGCUACUGAAAUUGAAUUAGCUAGAAGGCUGAAGGAAUUUUCUUUCAAAGAAACAGGAUUGGAUCAGUAUGCCAUUGCAAAAUUUGCGGAAAGUUUUGAAAUGAUACCCAAAACUUUGGCUGAGAAUGCUGGGCUUAAUGCAAUAGAAAUCAUUUCAUCUUUAUAUGCUGAACAUGCAUCCGGUAACAACAAAGUGGGCAUCCAUUUGGAGGAUGGUGUCUGCAGGGAUGUCUCUACCAUGCAUAUAAGGGACCUCCACAUUACCAAAUUCUUUGCCCUAAAGUAUGCUGCAGAUGCUGCCUGUACUGUCUUACGAGUAGAUCAGAUCAUAAUGGCAAAACCAGCUGGUGGUCCAAAAAGGGACGCACCUGCAGGGAUGGAUGAGGAUUAAGUUUUGUUAGCUACAUAUUUUCUUGAGAUGUUUUUGAUGAAGCCCCCCUGAGCCUUAUCAAGUCGGAAAUCAAUUUUAAUAUUAUCUUUUAUGGUCAUCAUAUUCCUUUUUGAUGUUAUUUUAUUUGGGUGAAGAAAAAAUUUGUUAUUACUUCAAUGGUUAGUGUUGAUUGUAUAUGUUGCUUAUCAUUCCUAUUUUGGUUAGUGGACUGCUAUUGAUGGUUGUGUUGCAACA